AGGUCACCUCGUCAUUUCGUUUAUUAAAAUGAGUCCAUGGGCGGGGCAAAAGCUGUCACCACGGCUCCGCCUACAAACGCACUCUACCUAGUUUUGCGUGUUACAUCGACGUAUCCUAGCCAAACGCCUUUUGGCAGCCGCAAACAUUCACUACGAUUUCGAACAUCUGCAUAGUAAAAUCGAGCACCGCACACGAUGUCGAUGAAGAGAAGAAGUUUCCUCGUCAAGCUGAUGAAGCUAGUAGGCAGAGGAAAUCAAGUUCAAUCUUCAAAAGCAUGCUUGGCGCAGAUUUACGAGAGUAGAAAAAGGCAACGCCAGCGAACAUUGCUGUCGUCGCACCUUUUUCGCAUCAAGCCUAUGCCGACAAUCAUGGAAGAAGACGAAUCGGCUUACCGAUACGAGUUCCCUCUUCUUCCCUUCACUAGCAAAACCCAUUGCCUCACGAGACUGAGUAGAUAUGAAAUUACAGCUUCACCGCAUUGAUGGUGAAUCACAUUUAUGUAUCCGCCUCCCCCGACAUUAAGAGAAUUUCGCUGUAGAAGAAUACCUACUGUUUUAUUUUCCUUCUCUAGUUUUCUGAGUUCUUCAAUAGGUCUUUGAUUAUGAUAUUUGUAU